AUGACACGAGGUUUGGACGGCUUAUCGCCGAGCCAGAUCGAGAAGGUCAGGAAUUUGGGGCCGGAGGCAAGGGAUGGCUGCUCUGUGAGGGUUACUCGUCUCUGGGCUGAGCUGAGGCUGCAUCCUGCAACAAAAAAAAUGUACCUCCUUCUUACCCUGCUUGUCUACUCCACAACACUGGGGCCCGUCAGCGUCAUCCCAGAAGGAUGCACGAGGAUAUUAACCGCACCAGGAGAAUAUGUGAUUGGGGGCUUGUUUCCGAUUCACACACUCCCAUUUAACGAUGUUGAUCGAUCGGAGCCAGUUGUGCCCAGCUGUGGGAAGUCUACUUUCAAGGCAGAGAUGUUUGUCUCUUUCCAAGCGAUGAGAUAUGCCAUUGAGGAAAUUAAUAACUCAACUGAACUGUUACCAGGUGUUACCCUGGGCUACGAUGUUGCUGACAGCUGCCUAGAGGUUGUGGACGUCCAAGCCAUGUUCAGAUUCCUGUCAGCCAAAGAAGGAACUGAAGUGGAGAUAUUAAACAAUUAUACAUCUUAUCAGCCCAGAGUGAUUGCUGUUAUUGGACCACCAACGACAGAUACAGCUAUUAUCAUUGCUAGAGUGUUAGGCUUCUUCCUCAUUCCUCAGAUUAGUUACCUGGCAUCAGGUGAGAUUCUGAGUGAUAAAAUACGUUUCCCAUCAUUUAUGCGGACCAUUCCAAGUGACAAAAAUCAAGCAGAAGCCAUGACUUUACUGAUCCAGGAAUUCCGCUGGAACUGGGUUGCUGUCAUUGGUAGCGAUAAUGAAUAUGGUCACAAAGGGGUCAGCAAGGUGGUGGAAAUGGCCUCAGCACUGGGGAUCUGCAUUGCAUAUCAGGGUAUCAUCACCACUUCCCCCGAGAUCAUCAUCCAAGCCAUCAACAAUAUCAGUACCACGGUUAACGUUACUAUCCUCUUUUCCAGUAGCUUAAUAGCACAUGUAUUUUUCAGUAUUGUUGUGGUUCGAAAACUUACUCCCAAAGUAUGGAUCGUAAGUGAAUCUAUUUCAUCAUCGGAGGAGAUAGCAAACAUACCAAAUAUUGAGACGAUUGGGACUGUUAUAGGCAUUGCUGUUCAGGAAGGGAAAAUGACACACUUUAAGGAGUUCCUAGACAAACCUCGGAACGAGAUUAAUUCAUGGAUCAUGCCAGACCUGGAGCUGGGGGAGUGUGUCAGCACCAGAAGCACCUGUGACCAAGGAUGUAGUGAAAGUCAUUGGCAGUGGACUAAGUACUUAAACUCUUCAUCGUACAAUGUGGAGAAGAGAAUCUCAUACAACGUAUACUCAGCUGUAUAUGCUGUCGCCUAUGGUUUGCAUAGUCUGCUCCAAUGUAACACAACACACUGCGAUAAAACUCAGAGUGUCCUCCCGUGGCAGAUCCCAUUUUCUAAUUGUUCAGCAAAAUGUGAUCUAGGACAGAAGAAGGUCCCAAGAGGGAUUUUUCCUUGCUGCUUCAGCUGUGAAGAUUGCCCCUCUGGAACAUACCUAAAUCAAAGUGAUCCCUACUGUUGUGUGGAUUGUCCCUGGCACCAAUGGUCAUCUCCAAAGAGCCAUCGCUGCCUGGAACGGGAUUUGAAGUAUCUGGAAUGGCAAAGCGCCUUCUCGAUAUUCCUAUUAGUUUUGACAAACGGUGGGCUUGUAUUGACUAUUAUCAUAGCAAUCAUCUUUAUACUGAAUUACAAUACUCCAGUUGUCAGGUCUUCUGGUGGUAGAAUGUGUUUUCUCAUGCUUACAUCAAUGCUUUGUAGCUUUUCCUGUGUGUUUUUCUACAUUGAUAAACCAAGUAAAGUUUUCUGCCAAAUAAGACAGCCAUUCUUCACGGUGAACUUCACCAUCUGCCUGUCCUGUAUUUUAGUCAGGUCUUUCCAAAUUGUCUGCAUAUUCAAGAUGGCCGCCAAGCUGCCUAAGGCCCAUGAAUAUUGGGUUAAGUAUAAUGGGCAGUACAUAUUCAUCUUCUUAAGCACUCUCAUCCAAAUCAUCAUUUCUACUGUGUGGCUAAUCACAGACCCACCCAGACCUCACGGCCACAUCAUCGAGGGAGCAAUCGUCCUAGACUGCAACACUGGGAAUAUUGUUGCCUUCUCUCUCAGUUUACUUUACACUGUCUUUCUCACUGUAGCAUGUUUUCUCUUUGCUUACAUGGGAAGAGACCUACCAAAAAACUACAAUGAGGCUAAGUUCAUCGCCUUCAGUAUGAUGAUCUGCUUUGUAUAUUACAUCCUGUUCAUGACAUCAAUGGUCACCCCCAAUCAGGAGAGGUACAUUUCUUUCAUACAGACUUUUCUAACUGUCACUAGUGCCUUUAGUAUUGCUCUGGGAUAUUUUAUUCCAAAAUGCUACAUCAUUUUGUUUAUGCCACAGAAUAACACCAUGGUCUAUUUCCAAUCUUGCAUUCAGGAUUACACAAAGAAGCAGAAUGAAGCAAAUUAG